AUGUCUCUCCAUAGAGCCCUAAAUAAUAGUCCAUGGACUAGUAAACCUAACUACAGAGAGAGAGAUAAAUACUCUAUUCUAUUCUCUAUCAGCUUCAUUUACGGAUCUUGAAUCUUUAGAUUUGGAAAGUGCUUGCGAACCCAAGAACACAAACAAACUUAGCCAAAGAUUUAUUUAUCUAUCCAGCAAAGUAACAAAUUAACUCAAGAUGCAAAGUAGUGGAAGAAGCCAUGAUGAACUCAAUCAAGAAUCCUUAGAAAUCAAGAAAGAUGAGAAGUUCUUUACAAGAAUCAUGUCUAAAGAAACUUCAAUGGCUAAUUCUUCUUGCAGAGUCUACUAUGGAGGUGCUUCUGGUGCUGUUCCAUUCACAUGGGAGUCAAGACCAGGGACUCCUAAGCACACAUCAUUUGCUGAUAAUACCUCUAACAUUCCUCCAUUAACACCCCCUCCUUCUUAUUACUCAACUUCAAAAUCAAAAUCCAUGCGUAAAAGAACGAAACAGAAUCUCUUCAACACUAUCAUCCCAAGGCUUAUGACUAAAAAGACAAGUCAUGUGUCUCCUUCAUCGUCAAUGUCUUCUACUACUACAUCAUCGUCUUCAUCUUCUUGGACAUCACGGUCUUCUUCUUCUUCUUAUCAUUCAUCUCCAGCAACCUUCAACGACUCAAAAUCGCGUAAACAUCCAUGUUUUGUAUGUUCAAAAUCGCCUAUUCAUUACGGAGUUGAUGACGAUGAUGAAGAACAUGGCCUUGAAUUGUUUAGCUCUUCAAGAUUAUGUUAUGGGGGUAAAAGUAAAGGUUUGAAUGUGUUUGGAGGUCGCUAUAUAAUGGAGAAUAUGAAGAGUGCAUUGUUGUCCGUUGUUGGACAUGGAAACAAUGGACAUGGAUCAGCAGGCAAAGCUAAAUAUUAAGGUGCAGCUGCUCGAACCUGUUCUUCUUUCUUUUGAUGUGUUCUUACUGGUACGUAGGUAGAGCUUAAUUAGAUUUUUUUUUAAUUAAUUUUCUAAUUGUGUCAACAAUUAAAUUCUAUUAUUCUCAUGUGGAAAUAUGUAUCCUUUCUCAUUUUUUCUUUUUAUUGCUUUAGAUGUUAAUUAGUACUUUCAGGAAUUGCUAGGUGAACCUCUUAUUUAAUGUCAAAUCUCUAUUCCUUCCA